CAAACUAGUUUUGUUAUCCGUGGCACCGGCACGUGGCAAGGUGCGAACCACCAUUCUAGUCUCACCCAGCUCUGGUCGCACCAUGGAGAAAGUUAUCACUGCUGAACAAAUUUCGAAUUGGUUCACCCCCACCUCGCCCACUUCUGGGAGCAGCAAACUUAUUGAAGACUCUGCAGGAAGAAAGAAUGAUGGGCCGUCGUUGAAAGAAAGCCCAGCUAAACCUCUUGACGAGGGCCACCUGAACUCCACUGGAGGAAAGGGCCAGAAACCAGAAGCUGCUAAAAGCAGCACGGCUCCUGGUCUCACCAGAAACAAACCCCCAGACCUGCCCAUAACCAAGAACCGACAAAAACUGAUUUCCCUCAUAGAAAGCAACUCUGUUGUGAUCGUUCGAGGAGCCACAGGCAGUGGCAAGACCACUCAGCUGCCACAGUACAUUCUGGACCACCACAAUGAAAAUAAUUCCACAUGCAACAUUGUGGUCACCCAACCACGAAAAAUCGGAGCUACCAGUAUUGCCCGAUGGGUUGCUACUCAGCGGAAGUGUACUCUGGGUAGUCUGGUGGGAUAUCAGGUCGGGCUGGAGAAGUUGGCCACUGAGCAUACCCGACUGAUCUACAUGACUACCGGAGUUCUGCUGCAAAAGCUGGUUUCAGCCAAGCGCCUCACAGAGUUCACCCACAUUUUUCUGGAUGAGGUUCACGAGCGCACAGAGGAGAUGGACUUUCUGCUGCUGGUUUUGAGAAAACUCCUUCAUGCCAACUCUCGUUAUGUCAAAAUAAUCCUCAUGUCAGCCACCAUUAACUGCAACGAGUUUGCAGACUACUUUGCCACACCAGUCUGUGGCAGAAUGAGUCCUGCCUACGUGUUUGAGGUGGAGGGGGCGCCGUACGCCAUAGAGGAGUUUUACCUGGAUGACAUCCACCACCUACAUUCUCACAACAUUAAGCCGCCUUAUCCAGAAGACCCUGUCAUCUCACCUGAGAUGUACAAUCUUGCCAUCAGACUGAUUGGAAACUUCGAUGAAAUGGAGAGAGAGAAUUACCGUGUGAGUAGCACCACAGAGAGAGAAGCUGGGAGGGUUUCAUCAGAGAGAGGCAGUGUUUUGGUUUUCCUCCCUGGGAUCCGGGAGAUCCAACACAUGCAGGAUGCUUUGACCAAGCUGGCUUUUAAAAGAUUUCAGGUGUGUUCCCUCCACUCAUCAUUAACUCUCGAGGAGCAGAACGGCGUUUUCCAUCCUCCUGUACCUGGAUGCAGGAAGGUGAUUCUUUCCACCAACAUUGCAGAGAGUUCUGUAACUGUUCCAGAUGUGAAAUACGUGAUCGACUUCUGCUUGGUCCGUCACUUAAUCUGUGACCCAGAUACUAAUUAUCAGUCUCUGCGUCUGACCUGGGCCUCCAAAAACAACUGCAACCAACGCAAGGGGAGGGCAGGCCGGGUGUCGAAGGGCUACUGUUACCGUCUUGUGACCAAAGCUUUCUGGGAAAACGAAAUCCCCGACUACAUGAUUCCCGAGAUGCUGCUUUCUCCUCUGGCUUCCAUCAUGUUAAAGGUGAAGCUUCUGGACAUGGGAGAUCCCCGCUCCCUCCUCUCCACAGCUCUCUCACCUCCCAACCUCAGAGACAUUGUUAAGACUGUCCUGCAACUCAAGGAGAUGGGUGCUUUAUCUGCAAAAAGUGAAGACAGAAAUCAGAGUCACGAUGGUGAUUUGACGUUCCUCGGACGAGUGCUGGCCAGCCUGCCUGUGGACCUGUACCUGGGGAAGUUGAUUAUCCUUGGUCAUGUCUUUGGCUGCCUCGAUGACUGUCUCAUCAUAGCUGCGUCCCACUCUCUGAAGAAUUUCCUCGCCUUUCCUGUCAUGCAUCAGUUUGAAGGCUACAGGAGCAAGAUGGCUUUCGCCCGUAACACACCGAGUGAUUCUGUCGCCCUUUUGAAUGCCUUCAAGGCGUGGUACACAUCCAAAAAGAAUGGACAGCUGAGACACCCAAAGGAUGAGCUGAAGUGGGGAAGUGAGAACUUUGUUCAAAUCAAGAUCAUCAGAGAGGUAGCAGAGCUGUAUGAGGAACUGAAGAAGCGUGUGGCUCUGUUCAACAUGCACACCUCAGAGGAGGAUGCGUCCAUGGACUCCACCAAAACUCACAAACAGAUGUUCAUUCUUCAGAUGGUCAUCGCUGGUGCCUACUACCCCAACUACUUUUUCCAGGGGGACAAUGAUGACCACAUGGCAUCUAAAGCACUGUGUGGCUUCAACCCGAGAACAACUGUGAUGCUGUGGAACCUCCCUCCGUACAGUUUCCUGUACUACAAACAGAUCCAGACUCUGUUCCGCUGCUGCGGACAGGUCAAGACCAUCUUCUUUGAGAGUUCCAGAGUGUAUGUGGAGUUCUACAGGACAUCCGAGGUUACAGGCGUACUGCCUGAAGUGUUUCUUGCCCUCCUCAUGGGCGUUCAAGGCUCUCCUGUGGAGCUUUCCGUCUACCCCUCUCAGGAGAUUGAAUCCUGUCCUCACAGUGGACCGAUCACUCACAUGAAGUUUUCACGGCUGAAAGCAGACAUCCAGAGCCAGUCUGUCAGCCCGCUGUGCACCAGCCUGGACACAAGCAAGAUGCCUCCCAGUCGCUUCUUUGCUGUGAACAUCACAGAGGUGGUGGAUGUGGGGCAUUUCUGGGGGUUCCCAGCAGAUGAAGCCAGCUUGAAAAAGCAGCAUCUUCUGACAGGAGAGAUUAACAAGCGCACCCUGAACCCCGUGGCUGUGUCUCUGUACCCGAACCUGCUGUGUCUGGCGCCGUAUGCCGAAAACCAACAGAGUUUCUAUUACCGAGCCAAGAUCCUGCAUUUGUGUGGAACCAAUGUGGAGGUGAUCUAUCUGGACUUUGGCAACACAGCAGUUGUGUCCAGCAGCAGCCUGAGAGAACUUCCUUCGGACCUGUUGUCUCAGCCUUUCCAGGCUCAGGAGUUCCAGAUUGCUGAAAUGCGUCCAUCGGCUUCGUCCCUCAUCCUGGGGAACCAGUGGAGCAGCAGUGCCCGAAACCGCUUCAUCGUCCUGGUGAAGGACCAGUCGGUCGUCGUGUCUCUCUACUCCAUCCUCUAUGACGUGAUGCGGGUGGAGCUGUUCAUCACCUCAGAGUCAACAAAGACCAGCGUGUUGGACAUAUUGGUGAAGGAGGGACACGCUGUGAAGGCAGAGGAGAGCUUUGAUUCUCAGCAAAGUCACGAGACAUUGAUGACACUGUACAAGGACAUGGAGAAAGGAGCACAUGUUCCCAUGUCUGGCAACAAUUUCUGGAAAAGGCGCAAGAGCGAGGAGGAGGAGCUUAUCAACAGUCUGUUUGAUCACUUUUCCAAGCGCCCUGAGCUCCCCAGGAUGAAGGUUCAUCUGAAAGGACCAUCAAGUUCUUACAAGGCCAGCUUCCACAGCUUGAGUCAGAAAAACCGCUACAGGACCGUGUCUUUAGAGAAGACCAGCAUCAACUCUAUGGCAAUGAAUGAAAACCCACAUCACAAACAUCAGAGGAUGCUGGUAGCAGGCCUGGUGUCGGUCAACUCCAUUGGUACCCGCGUGAUGCUGAGGCACACCACCCUUCUGCCUGACAUUCCUGGACUACCUGGACUGGUGACGAUGCUUUUCACUCCCAUCAUGGAGCUACGCACCAAUGAUGAAAGGACCUGUUACUCUGGCGCCCUCUGUGGGCUGGGCUUCAACAGCCAAACACAGGAAGCCAUCCUACCGGAUAAUGACAUCGAGCUGGCCUUCGACGUCAGGUUUGAUGUGGAGGACCUCACUGAGAUCAAUGCUUUGCGAGUGGCGAUUAAUCGCCUGACCAGCCCGCUGCACCUGGAGCCUGACAAGAUCAGUCAGCUGCAGGAGGACUGCCAGGACCGCCUCACAGGGCUGUUCAUGAGGUCUCCUCCGAGAGAAGCUGUCAGUCCACUCUACUAUAGGAACACAGGACAGUGGAACCAGGUUGACCCUUCUCUGAAUAUGGACGUUACUGAACCAGGAGGGGGGAACGCCUCAAGACCUCUCUUCCAGCUGCAUCCGGUCACUCUUCUGAACAACUAAAGGCACUGUAGUUCUCACAGCAGCACUAAAGUGAAGCUGGUUCUGUUUUCUUUUAAAAAGAUUAUGCAUUCAGCAUUGUUUUAAAUGAGGCGUUAAGCACAGUGAAGUCCUGUGUGCUUUUGUUUUAACACAAGUUUUGUGAAUCUUUUUUUUUUUAGUUCAUUCUGUCUGUUGAAUGAGUGUUUGAGUUGUGAUCCAUUAAAAAUAGUUUCCUGCAACA